UCUACUUAUCCUGCUUUCUAACAUUUAUCUUCUCUCUCCAUUCAAUGCUAAUUGCCAUUGUAGAUUUUCCAGUCCGGUUUAGUUUAAACUCAAAAGUUAUAUUCAAAAGUUAAUAAUUACAGCUAGUGUUCGAAUGGUUGCUCGGAAUAUUAUUGCAGAUCGGCUUUCUCAAAAAUGCACUAUCAAAGUUCUAUUCCAAAGAAAAUGGUUACAGCUAAUGUUCAAAUGGUGGAUUGGAAACUUCGAUUAUUGCAGACCUGCAUUCUCAAGAACGCGCUUUCAAAAUUGUACUCAAAGAAAAUGGUUACAGGUAGCGUUCAAAUGACUGCCUGGAAGCUUCGAUUAUUGCAGAUUGAGAAUGCACUUUCAAAGUUGUAUUUAAAAGAAAAUGGUUACAGCUAAUGUUCAAAUGGUGGCUUGGAAGCUUCGAUUAUUGCAGACCUGCAUUCUCAAGAAUACCCUUUCACAAGAGGAAAAAGGUCCACUUUUCAUCGCUCGCAGGCGAUUUGCAUUUGCUAAACGUACUACUUUUCAGAAUAGGGUUAUUAACAUGUAUGUCAAGAGCGGGAAUUUGGUUGAUGCUCGUAAAAUGUUUGACAACAUGAAAGAACGAGACAUCGUCUCGUGGAAUACGAUUAUUGUAGCAUACCGAAGAUAUGAGGUACCCCACGAGGCAGUCGCACUGUUUCACCAAAUGCAACGAACAGGUUUCCAUCCCAAUGAGUUCACAUUUGCCAGCGUACUCCCAGCCUGUGCCAAAAUAGGAGCUUUGGAACGGGGUAUGGAGAUCCAUCAAACCAUAAAAGAUAUAGAAAUUUUGUCAAAUAUUGUAGUUGCAAAUGCCCUGGUAGACCUGUAUGCAAAAUGUGGAAGGGUAGACAAGGCACGCGAACUAUUUGACAGAAUGUCUGAAAGAGAUGUCAUCUCAUGGACUGCAAUGAUUGUAGGAUAUGCACACAAUGGAUAUAUUGAAAAGACUUUAGAAACAUUCAAACAAAUGCAACUGGCAGGCGUAAAGCCAAAUUCCACGACGUUUGCCAGCAUCCUCCCAUCCUGUGCCAGAAUGGGAGCUUUGGAACAGGGUAUGGCAAUCCAUCAAAGCAUAACGGAAGGGGGAUUUUUGUCAGAUGUUGUAGUUGUAAGUGCCCUGGUAGACAUGUAUGCAAAAUGUGGAAGCAUAGACAAGGCACGUGAACUAUUUGACAGAAUGCCUCAACGGACCGUGGUUUCAUGGACUGCAAUGAUUGUAGGAUAUACACAAAAUGGACUUGUUGGAAAGGCUUUAGAAACUUUCAAGCAAAUGAAAUUGGAAGCUAUAAAGCCAAAUUCAACAACCUUCGCUAGCAUCCUUCCAGUCUGUGCCAAAAUGGGAGCUUUGGAACUGGGUAUGGACAUCCAUCAAAGCAUAACGGAAGGGGGGCUUUUGUCAGAUGUUGUUGGAAAUGCUUUGGUAGACAUGUAUGCAAAAUGUGGAAGCAUAGACAAGGCAUGUGAAGUGUUUGACAGAAUGCCUCUGAGAAAUGUGGUCUCAUGGACUGCAAUGAUUGUUGGAUAUGUACAUAAUGGAUUUGUUGAAAGGGCUUUAGAAACUUUCAAGAAAAUGCAAUUGGAAGGUGUGAAGCCAAAUUCCACAACCUUUGCUAGCAUACUCCCAGCCUGUGCCAAAGUGGGAGCUUUGAAACAGGGUAUGGGCAUCCAUCAAAGCAUAUUGGAAGGGGGUUUUCUGUCAGAUGUCGUAGUUGCAAUUGCCCUGAUAGACAUGUAUGCAAAAUGUGGAAGCAUAAACAAGGCACGUCAACUGUUUGAUAAAAUACCUCAAAGAAAUGUGGUUUCAUGGAAUGCCAUGAUUGUAGGCUAUGCACAAAAUGGAUUUGUUGAAAAAGCUUUAGAAAUUUUCAAGCAAAUGCAAUUGACAGGUGUAAAGCCGAAUUCCACAACCUUUGCCAGCAUCCUACCAGCCUGUGCCAAAAUGGGAGCUUUGGAACAGGGUAUAGACAUCCAUCAAAGCAUAGCGGAAAGAGAAAUCUUGUCAGAUGUUGUUGUUGCAAAUGCCCUUCUAGAUAUGUAUGCAAAAUGUGGAAGGAUAGACAAGGCACAUGAACUGUUUGACAAAAUGCCUAAAAGAAAUGUGGUCUCAUGGACUGCCAUGAUUGCAGGGUAUGCACAAAAUGGAUCUUGUAAGGAUGCUCUCAAAAUCUUUGAAUUAAUGAAGCAUUCUGGAACAUAUCCUGACACUGUAAGCUUUGCUUGUGUUCUAUUUGCAUGCAGUCAUGCAGGUUUAGUGGAUGAGGGAUGUACAUACUUCAAUCAAAUGAGUAACCAUUACUGCAUUGCACCUACAGGAGAUCAUUAUAUGUGCAUGGUUGAUCUUCUUGCCCGUGCUGGCUAUCUUGAGGAUACCCUAAACUUUAUUAUUAAGAUGCCAGUUAAACCUUUGGUGGUUGUGUGGAUUUGUUUUCUUGGUGCCUGUAGACUACAUAUGAAUAUAGGCUUAGGAGUAUUUACAGCGACGCUGCUUUUUGAUUUGGAUCCUAAAAAUGCUGCGACUUAUGUUCUUCUCUCAAACAUCUAUGCAGAAGUGGGCUGCUGGAGUGAGGCUCAAAUGGUUAGGAGAUUGAUGAAAGAUAGAGGAAUUAUAAAGAUACCUGGAUGUAGUUGGAUUGAAGUCCAUAAAAUAAUACAUACUUUUUGUGUAGGAGACAGAUCACACCCAGACACAGGAGAUCUAUGCAACAAAUUUAGAGAAAUUGGCUUGUUAGAUGAAGGCAACAGAGAAUUUUCCAGAUUCAAAACAUUCAGGGACAAUGGUCUUGCCGGAGAUUAUUGGUGAUGGUAAAUGACGCAAUCUGAAAGUUAAUUAUAAUGAGCGGUUAAGGUUUUAUUUUCAGUUUCCAUUAAGUAAUCUAAACCAUGCUGUUGGCUUCAUUAAAUCAGAUGCAGGUCGCUGUUGUUAUAAUAUUUUUUAAUUUAAUGAUGUUUGUGCGACACUCUCUUCAGUUCACGUGGGCUGAGAGAUCGUCUACCACAGAAAGCUCCCAUGAGAGGAGACUUGAUCUUGUGAUCUCGUGUCUACCACAGAAAGCUCCCAUCAAUGGAGUCAGGUCUUCAACCCACAAUCUGUUUGGUUUUAAUUAGAAAUAAACUAUCAUAAUUUAUAUAUGAAAACUAAACAAAUUAUAUUUGUGUUU